AUGGAGAUAAAAGAUCAGCAUGAACUAAAGGCGCUAGCUGAAAUGAAAACUCCCUAUCGAAAUAGGGACAAGAGCAAAUAUUAUCACUUCCAUAAAGAUUGUUGCCAUGAAACAAAUGAAUGCAAGCAUCUGAAGAGAGCCUUGGAAGAUUUAACUCGCAAAGGAAAGAUGAAUUCAUAUCUACCCCAAGGGGGAAGAAAGUUUCAAAAAAGGGAUGACCGUCAGAGCAAGAGAAAAGAAAGUGAAACUACUGAUGAGGAUGUAGUGCUUGUCAUAUCUGGGGGUUUUGCAGCAGGAGAGCCAACCAACCGCGGGCAUAAAAAUUACUUCAGGGAACUCGGCCAGAUCAUGCUUACCAAUCAAGAAGAAUCUGACCCCUUUCCAAAGGUAGUCGCUAGUGAGCUGGAUCACGGGAAGAUAAGAACUCCUCAUGACGACCCCUUGGUUGUAGAAAUGAAGAUUGCCAAUUUGAGAGUAAGAAGAAUUUUGAUUGAUACCAGGAGUUCGACUGAUAUCAUUAGCGCAGGCUGUUUAUCAAGAUUGAAGUUUAAUGAGAAUGACUUGGUCCCAGUCCAUCAUCCUAGAAUUGGGUUUGGAGGAGAAGUAAUCCACCCUAUGGGAACUGUCACCUUGCGCGUCAGGGUAGGGGACAAGGAACCAUCCAAAACACUGUUUGUUAAGUUCUUGGUGGUACGAGAUCUGACGGCUUACAACGUCAUUCUCGGGCGACCCACCUUGAACCACAUCAAAGCAGUGAUUGUUACUCAUUCGAUGUUAAUGAAGUUCGAGUGUGAUGGAGGGAAGAUUGGAUCUCUAUAUGGAGAUCAGCAAGCAACAAGAGAAUGCUACCUUACUACUUCAAAACCUUCAUCAUGGAAGGGAGAAAAAUCGGAACAACCAAGAAUAAACUAA